CAUUUGAGGCCCGCGCAAGAUGGCGGCGGAGGCGGCCCUGGAGGAGCUGACGGUUCUGCUGGGCCCCUCGGCGGGCGCCGCGGUGCGGGCGGGCGCGGCGGAGGCGGCGUUGGCGCUGUCCGGCGACCCCGAGGGGCGGCGGCUCCUGGCGGCGCGGCCCGAAGCACUGCGGGCUCUGUUGGGGUUGGCGGAGGUCUCAGGGCCUGAAGUCGGGCCCGGGCCCGGCGCCGCGCUCCGCUGCCUCCAGAACGUGUCGGCCGAGGCCGAGGCCCGAGAGCCGCUGCUGGCCGCUCUGCCCGCCGUGCUGCGUUUGUUACCGGCCGGCCCGGCCUGCGGCCUGCUGGCCAACCUGAGCCGGGAGCGCGGAGCGGCCCAACGGGUCCUGAACGGCCUCGAAAGGGAGAACCGGGCCGGCGUGGAGGCGCUGCUGCGGGCGUUGGAGGGGCCUCGGCCGCCGCCGCCGGAGCUCGCGGCUCUGCUGUGUAACCUCAGCGGGCUCCCCGAGGGCCGCCGGGCGCUGCUGGAGCGCUCCCGGUGCGCCGUGCGGCGGCUGCUGCCCCUCGUGGGGGACGCGGAGAGCGCCGUGCUGAGGAGGGGGGCGGUGGGAACGCUGAGGAACUGCUGCUUCGAGCACGAGCACCACGAGUGGCUGCUGAGCGACGCGGUGGAUCUGCUGCCCUCUCUGCUGCUGCCCCUCGCCGGCCCCGAGGAGAUCCCCGAGGAGGAGAUGGAACGGCUGCCCCUGCAGCUGCAGUAUUUGCCGGAGGACAAACAGCGCGAGCCGCUGCCCGACCUGCGCACAAUGCUGCUGGAGGCGCUGCUGCUGCUCACGGCCACCAAAGGGGGUCGGCUGCAGUUAAGGCAGAGGGGCGCCUACGCGGUGCUGCGGGAACUGCACCGCCGUGAGGGGGACCCCGAAGUGCUGACGGCGUGCGAGAGGGUCAUCCAUGUGCUGAUCGGGGACGAACCGGAGGAGGGCAUGGAGAACCUCAUGGAGGUGGAGAUCCCCGCAGAGGUGGAGGAGAGGCUGAGGAGGUGGGAUGGGGAGGAGGAGGAGGAGAGGAGGAAGAGGGAGGAAGCACGGUGACGGCAGCGCCGCCCCACGGCACAGAGCCCCGUGGGUCACUGUGGGGCCCACCGUGCUGUGGGAUGGGGAACAUCGGGGUCCUGCAGGUGGGGCUCCCCGACAUGUGGGGCGCCCGUGUGGGGCAGCUCUGUGUAUAUUUGAAUACAAAUAACAAACACCAACGUUGGGAGCCCAAAA